AUACUUUUCUUUUCAGUUAAUACUUUUCUUCUCAUCUGGGGUUUAGUAAUUGGAGUCACAGAGAGAGAAUCAGGCAACAUUCCGGCUAAAUCUCCGGUCAUCAACCUUUAACUUUGCGGUAACUCACCGGGUAUCUCUUAGACGAAAAGAAACAAGAAAGCCUAGCUCCGAUCAGCGAAUCUGUGAAGUUGUUGCAGUUAGUUUAAAUUCAGGUAUACGUGGCUGUGGCAUGAAAAAUUAUUAGGUUCUACUUUGAAGAUGCUGAUGACAUUGCUCAUUCUUCCUGUUUGCUUGGUGGGAGAAAGGGGUGAUAGAGAUGGCAGACAGACUGACACGUAUCGCAAUUGUUAGCUCCGAUAGAUGCAAGCCUAAGAAAUGUCGUCAAGAAUGCAAGAAGAGCUGCCCUGUUGUGAAAACUGGAAGAUUGUGUAUUGAGGUUACUCCUGCAUCUAAGAUAGCUUUCAUCUCUGAGGAGUUGUGCAUUGGAUGUGGUAUCUGUGUUAAGAAAUGCCCUUUUGAAGCAAUUCAAAUCAUCAACUUGCCAAAGGAUUUGGAUAAAGAUACGACCCAUCGUUAUGGGCCCAAUACCUUUAAGUUGCACAGGCUGCCAGUCCCAAGACCUGGACAAGUUCUUGGCUUGGUUGGAACAAAUGGUAUUGGGAAGUCCACUGCUCUCAAAGUUCUGGCUGGCAAACUGAAACCAAAUUUGGGCCGUUUCAAUAAUCCUCCAGAUUGGCAGGAAAUCUUGACCUACUUUCGAGGAUCUGAAUUGCAGAAUUAUUUCACUCGUAUCCUGGAAGAUAAUUUGAAGGCCAUCAUAAAGCCUCAGUAUGUCGAUCACAUUCCAAAAGCAGUCCAAGGCAAUGUAGGGCAGGUGCUCGACCAAAAAGAUGAGAGAGAGAUGAAAGCAGAGCUUUGUCAUGAUCUUCAGCUGAACCAGGUUAUAGAUCGUAAUGUGGGGGAUUUAUCCGGUGGAGAGCUCCAGCGAUUUGCCAUUGCUGUGGUUGCCAUACAGAAUGCUGAGAUAUACAUGUUUGAUGAACCAUCAAGUUAUCUUGAUGUCAAACAGAGGCUUAAAGCUGCCCGAGUAAUCAGAUCUUUGCUCAAGCCUAAUAGCUAUGUAAUUGUGGUGGAGCAUGACCUUAGCGUCCUGGAUUAUUUAUCUGACUUCAUUUGUUGCUUAUAUGGGAAACCGGGAGCAUAUGGAGUUGUAACCCUUCCCUUUUCAGUCAGGGAAGGAAUUAAUAUUUUUUUGGCUGGAUUUGUUCCUACAGAAAAUUUACGAUUUCGUGAGGAGUCUCUGACCUUCAGGGUUGCUGAGACUCCACAAGAGAGUGCUGAGGAGAUUGAAACAUAUGCGCGAUACAGAUAUCCAACCAUGACUAAAACUCAGGGCAACUUUAAGCUUCAGGUCAUUGAGGGUGAAUUUACAGAUUCUCAGAUAAUUGUAAUGCUGGGUGAGAAUGGGACGGGAAAGACAACCUUUAUCCGUAUGCUGGCUGGCUUACUGAAACCUGAUACCAUGGAAGGUUCCGAUAUUGAGAUACCCGAAUUUAAUGUUUCUUACAAACCCCAGAAAAUUAGUCCCAAGUUCCAAUCUACUGUUAGACACUUGCUACAUCAAAAGAUUCGUGAUUCAUAUAUGCAUCCUCAGUUUGUGUCAGACGUCAUGAAGCCACUUCUUAUAGAACAACUGAUGGAUCAGGAAGUUGUGAAUCUAUCUGGUGGGGAGUUGCAAAGAGUUGCUUUAUGUCUCUGCCUCGGAAAGCCUGCAGACAUUUACCUAAUAGAUGAACCAAGUGCAUAUCUGGAUUCCGAGCAGCGUAUAGUCGCUUCUAAAGUCAUUAAGCGGUUUAUCCUUCAUGCAAAGAAAACUGCAUUUGUGGUAGAACAUGAUUUUAUAAUGGCAACUUACCUUGCUGAUAGAGUUAUCGUAUAUGAGGGGAAGCCGUCUUUGGACUGUACUGCAAAUUCUCCUCAGUCAUUAUUGACCGGAAUGAAUCUCUUCUUAUCUCAUUUGGAUAUCACAUUUAGGCGGGACCCAACUAAUUUCCGACCAAGAAUCAACAAAUUGGACUCAACCAAGGACAGAGAUCAGAAAGCUGCUGGGUCAUAUUAUUACCUGGACGAUUGAUGCAAAUUAUUGGCAGCUUCUAUGAGUUUCAUCUCGUUGGAAACUCUUGCUAGACCGCAAAGUCCAGCUGGGUCUUCCUGUCAGAAUAUAAGGGCAUCAUUCUGAGUGUUUUACAACUCAACCAAGUUAUAUGUAUAUGUUAACAGUUGCCUGGAGGCCUCCUGGCUGGCGACAAAGUAUUUAAUCAAAUGAGGCCAUCUGCUGCGCUCUGCUUUUUUCUAUCUCCUGUUUUAAGGGAUAAUUUCAUUUGCAGUCCCUGAUUUUAGGUGUGUUUCCUUUAAAUGUUCUUAAAUUUUAAUUUGUCCCUUAAAAAUCCCCUGGAGAUCAAAAUUUUUGUAUAUUAGAAAUCCUUAUCGCCUAAAUUUCAGUCUUGAUUGAUUGAGUCGAUAUUGCAUUA